GCUGCUGACAUGCGGCAGAUCACAACACGGACAGCGAACGAUCUCCGAGGCGAAAUCCCAUCGAUAUCUGUCAAUUGAUGGAAAAUCCGAAGAUUUAAUUCAAUACAGGGAAAUAAAUUCGCCGAUCUGAACCAUUUAAAUGUGAUUCUAAAAAUACUGGGACUUUUCCAGCUUCCGUCAAAGAAUCUAAUCUGCAUGUGGACUGCACAUAAUGGAGCCACUUAAUCAAAACUGGUCCUCCCCUUCAAACCUUAACUCCUCUGGAACCACUGCCUCGCCCUUCCUCUUUUCCUACCCUCGUCUCUUCAACAUCUCCUCAAACAUGUCCACUCAGAGUGUCCCCUUUCAGGGCAGCAGCACGCUGGUGACAGCAGUCAUCUCCUUCACAGUCUUUGUGGUGGGUCUGACUGGCAACACUUUGGCCAUCUAUGUGGUGCUACGCUAUGCCAAAAUGAAAACUGUCACCAACAUUUACAUCCUGAACCUGGCUGUCGCUGAUGAGCUCUACAUCAUCGGACUCCCCUUCCUCACCACACAGAAUGUACUCUCCUAUUGGCCGUUUGGUUCCUUCCUUUGUCGUCUUGUCAUGACUGCAGACUCCAUGAACCAAUUCACAUCCAUCUUCUGCCUCACGGUCAUGUCCAUGGAUCGUUACCUGGCUGUGGUUCAUCCAAUCCGCAGCACCAAGUGGAGACACCCUCGCGUGGCCAAAGUGGUGAGCGCAGCGGUGUGGGCCGUGUCCUUUGUUGUGGUCCUGCCAGUGUUCAUCUUCUCUGAUGUACAGGACACCUUUAACUCCUGCAACAUGAUCUGGCCAGAGCCGAAGAAUGUUUGGUCAACAGCCUUCAUUAUCUACACUGCUACAGUGGGCUUCUUUGGGCCGCUGCUCAUCAUUUGCCUUUGUUACCUGCUCAUCGUUAUCAAGGUGAAAUCAUCAGGGGCGCGAGUUGGCUUCACUAAACGUCGACGUUCAGAGCGCAAAGUUACACGUAUGGUGGUGGUGAUUGUGGUGGUGUUUGUGCUCUGCUGGCUGCCAUUUUUCAUCAUCAACAUGGUCAACCUGGUGGUCAUCAUCCCCGAGUCCAGUGUCACUGCUGGAAUAUAUUUCUUCGCUGUCAUCCUGUCCUACGCCAACUCCUGCGCAAACCCGCUGCUCUACGGCUUCUUGUCAGACAAUUUCAAACAGAGCUUCAGAAAGGUCCUGUGUGUAAGGAGUAUGAGGUGCACUGCCAAUGGCGUAGAUGACGGUGACCCCAGUGCCCCUCGCACUGAGAAAACCACAGCUCAGGACUGCAUCCUGCUCUCCCCUCGUAACGAGGUCUACCACGAUCCCCAGAGCAGCCAGAUCUCUCCUCAACCUAGCGAUUCACCCAUCCCUCACGCAGCAGUAGAUCUACAUCCCUCCACUUUUACAUGUCACCUUCCAUCAAUUUACCCAGGAUCGGCCACUGCAGCGUUGAGCUCCUCAGUAGCUGUUUUUUGUGAAGCUCCAACCAUCACGGCCCUGACCAACCCCUCCAUCACUCCUGUGGUAGGUGGUCCACGGGAACAGUAGCCAAAAGACGCUGCAUCUCAAGUUUUUGCAGGAAAGCACCGGGGACCUAUGGAGUACAAACAACGAGAGCAACUACAGAACAGGAAGCAGAAGUUGGACUGGCUGAAAGAAAUGUCAUAAACAUCAAUUUUUUGGGCAAUUUUUUUGACAUAAAGAAACUUUUGAAAUGAAUUCUCCCAUUUAUGUUCCAUAUUGUGUGAAAAAGCCUUUCAAAUAUUUCUGCUCACUUGGCCUCAUUUUUUCUCUCAAGCUCUCUGACAUAAGUGCCUUGUCAGCUGCUCUCAGCAAUCAUCAAAAGUCCUAAAAGAACACAAACAUUUCCACUUUCACUUUGUCGCUGUAUGACAGUGACUCUUGCAGCAUUUAAUAAUGUCUAUACUUAUCUCAACCCCCCCAAAAAAAGAAACCAGUCCAGACAUAACAAUUUCAUCAUCAUUUGCAAUCAUAUAUUUUUUUAAUGGCUUUCUUGCCAGAUCUCAAUAGAUUUGGCUUUUUGGCUACCCAGUUCUUCUGUGUAAGCAUGUAAUCGGCAUCAAACACAAAAACUGAUCUGUUUCUACGCAGUCUGUUUACAGUAGUUAUUUGCGCAAUUUUGUGUCAUGUGUGAUGUGUGUACGUGUUGAUUUGUAACUGUGUUGCACAUAUAUAGUAUCUGUAUUUCUCUUUGCAAAAGGCGGGGUAUUGGACCAUCCAGGGUUUCUGGCAGCAUAUUGCUUCAAGUAUUAUUGUGUCUUUUUCUCAAGCCCUAUUUGCUAAAUUGUUAAUGUACAGUAUUGUCUGUUCAGAGUGGCAGCUUAAUAACUUAGCUAGGCCUCUGGCCUUUUAUAUAGGCUUUUACAUACCCCAUGACUUUAUAAUGACACGAUGAAUGGAAUCAUACCACAGCUACUUGUUUAUGAUUUGUCAACAGGUACAAUCUGACUUUGAUUUAGGGUCUGCCUCAUCAGUGACACACAUAACAUUAGCAACAGUGCUUUGAAAAUGACAAUUUAUCGCUGGUGAAACAGACCUGAACUAAAGGAGUUAUUGUGGAUGUGAAAACCUAAUCUUCAUAACAGCAGCUCUGUCUGCAGGAUUGCUGGAUCAUUGCCUAUAUUGCUUAUGUUUACUUAUUAUCAUAUUUUGUGGCUACGUCCACAUUAACAUGUUUUCAUUUUAUACAAAAAAAAUGUUCCUUGAAAACAGAAAACAGACCUUGUGGUCUACUGUGGAUGGACAAAAAAUGGAAAGCACGGGUAAAUAAUGACAUAGUCACACAGAUCUGCUUGCACGAUGUACCCUUCCUUGAUUUUCCAGAACAACAUCAUAUGACAAUCAGCAGAAGGUAAAGCGCAGACUUUAAAAACACUGCAACUCUCUACAUGUGCUGGAGGAAAGCCAUUACAAAUUCAAUUUUCAACACAAGUUACUUCCAGUGGAGUUUGUAGCUCAUUUUCACUCUUGGGGGCAUGUCUAGUAUGCAUGCCUGAAUGAUACACAUCUACAGUGGAGCAGUUUGCGCCGACGUUUCUGAUACAGGGUUGAAAUGCUAAUGUGGAUUUGAAUUGUAUUUGUUCUAAAUCAGUGUUUAAAAAUGAAAAUGGACUAAUGUGGGCAUAACCGUGGAACCAAAUAAUCAGUCCUUGUAUAUACAGAGCAUCAUAAAAAUGAGAUUGUAUCUAUUUAUUUAUUCAUUCAUUAAUUCAUUCAUUUAUGUAGCACAAAUUAGAGUACGCAAUUUAGAAAAUCUCACUGAAGGACUGUUGUGCCUUUUUAGUCAUUUUUAUGUGUAAGAGGGAAGCAACUUAAUUAGCAGCAUCCAGAAGACAAAUGGGUGAAUAUAAUGGAGUGAUGAAGAUGACUAACUGCGCCAACAGGAGCAGUGGAAGAAAAAAAAAUGCAAAGCUAAUCAUCAUAAAGGUUUUUACAUGCACAAGUGUUGAACUUUCA